AUGAUUUGCCUCAGUGAGGUGCUCCCUGUUGCUUCUGGACCUUCAUCCAGCAGUUUCAGUAACCGGAAGAGGCCUGCACAGAAGCAGACAAAAAACUCCCAGAGAAAACCCAAAGCUGCAGCCUUGCUUUACUCUGAGCAGCGGACUUUGCAGCUUUCUUCCAACCCCAAAAUCCCAGCUCUUCCACUUGGUCAGGCACGAAGAAGGAAAAUGCAGGUGGAGCUGGUGCCUGGGGCAGCAAUACUCUUGCUUCUCUUUCUGCUCACGGUCUUGGCCUUCAGGUUUCACCAAGCAAGAUGCCAGCUCCCUCCUGGACCCAGGCCCUGGCUUUUUCUGGGGAAUCUCCUGCAAAAGGAUGCUGUGCCUUUGUAUAAAACCUACCAAAAGCUCAGUAAGAAGUAUGGUCCAGUUUUCACUAUCUGGCUAGGACCAAAGCCGAUGAUUGUGCUUUGUGGAUAUGAGGCAGUGAAAGAUGCCCUGGUAAUUCAUAGUGAAGAAUUUGGUGGACGACCUUCUGUACCUAUCGUUGAUCAAAUAACCAAGGGCUAUGGGUUUGUUAGUGAAGAGGUCAAAUGGAAGACCCUGCGUCGCUUUACUCUUUCCACGCUACGGAACUUUGGAAUGGGAAAGAAGUCGAUGGCUGAGCGGAUGUCAGAAGAGGCUCGCUAUUUGGUGGAUAAGAUAGCAACCUUUGAAGGUCAGCCCUGUGAUAUCAUUCCAGCCAUCACAGCUGCUGUUUCUAAUGUGAUGUGCUCUAUCAUCUUUGGGAAUCGAUUCUCUUACGAAGAUAAAAACUUCACUGAGCUAUUGGAAAUCUUGAAGGCAUUCGUAGAUUUCUUUCUGAGUGUUCCUGGAAUGGUAUACAACUCUUUGCCAAGUAUCAUGAACUUCCUUCCCGGACCUCAUAAGAAAAUCUUCUCUGACUGCAGCAAGGUGUGUAACUUCAUUAGGAACAAAGUGGACUCUCACAAGAAGAACCUGGAUCCACAGAAUCCUGGGGGCUUCAUUGAUUGCUUCCUUCUUCAGUUAGAAAAGGAAGAAAAUUUUUCCAUUAUCUCUGUGGAAGACUUGGUGAUGACUGUGUUUGAGCUCUUCAUUGCUGGGACAGAUAGCACAACCAAUGCCGUCUCAUAUGGCCUUAUCCUUCUGGCCAGGUUCCCACAAGUCCAAGCAAAAGCCCAGCAGGAAAUCGAUGAGGUUGUGGGAGCAAACCGCGCCCCCUCCAUGGAGGAUAGGCUGCAGCUGUCCUACACCAAUGCAUUUGUUCAUGAGAUCCAACGUUUUCAGCAAUCGAGUAGCGAGAACUUCCCACGUAUGACAACCCAGGAUGUGAAUUUCAGGGGUUACUUCAUCCCUCAGGGCACAAUUGUUGUUCCAUUGUGGUCUUCGGUGCAUUUUGAUACUCUCUGGUGGGAGGAUCCUGAGAAGUUUGACCCAGGCCAUUUCUUGGAUGAGAAGGGUGAAUUCCAGAAGAAGGAUGCCUACAUGCCUUUCUCUGCAGGGAAGAGAGCAUGCCCAGGAGAGGGAUUGGCUCGCAUGGAAAUCUUCCUGCUCCUUGCCACUCUGCUCCAGCAUUUCACUUUUGAACUGUCUAUAGACCCUGAAGAGAUAGACUUAGAGGACUUGUUUCUGGGCUGUAGAAAGAACGGGAAUCAUCGCUACUUACGGGCCAUCAUCCUUCCUGAAUGGAAUUACCCUUACCAUAUAGAGUAUCCAGCUGUGGUUAGUCUGGGCUCCAGUGGGACUCCUCCUUUCAAUCUUGUCUCAUUGAAACAGUUUCUUGGAUUUUUGAAGAGGAAAAGAGAUCAGAGAAGGAUGGAGCUGACAUGGGCAGGAGCUCUGCUUCUUCUCUGUAUACUUUUCACCCUUUUCUCAUCCUUCCAAAUGUACAAGAAAAAAGGGCAGCUGCCCCCAGGACCCACCCCAUGGCCUUUUCUGGGGAACGUCUUGCAGCGAGAUGUGCUACCUUUGGACAAAUACUAUAAAAAGCUUACUGCAAAGUAUGGACCUAUAUUUACUGUCUGGAUCAGAUCAAAACCAAUGGUUGCACUUUGUGGAUAUGAGGUGGUAAAAGAUGCUUUGAUAGAUCAUGCGGAAGAAUUUGGUGGGCGAAGUGAAACAGCUGCAAAUAGGCGAAUAUUCCACAAUAGAGGUCUGACCACCACUGAUGAGAAUAAAUGGAGGGAGCUGCGACGGUUCACAUUGUCCACUUUGCGAGAUUUUGGGAUGGGAAAGAAAAGAAUGUCUGAGAGGGUACAGGAGGAAGCCCUUUGUCUGACAGAGCAAAUGGCUACCACAAAAGGGAAGCCUUUUGACCCAAGAAGGGGAUUUGCAAGUGCUGUUUCUAAUGUGAUCUGCACAGUCGUCUUUGGCAAUCGAUUUGAUUACGAAGAUCAAACCUUCAUAGAGAACCAGCAGAUAGUGGAGUCUCAAAUAAGAUGCUUUUAUGGUUUCCUAGGACUGGUGUACAAUACUUUUCCAAAUAUAAUGGAGUACAUUCCUGGGCAACACACCAAGAGUUUUGCUGAUGCUGAAAAACUCUCUGAUUAUAUCCGUGAGAAGGUGGAGUUCCACAGGAAGACGCUGGAUCCCCAGAACCCCCGUGACUAUAUUGAUUGCUUCCUCAUUAGACAGGAGAAGGAAGAGAACUCAUCUGAGGUUGUCUAUACUCUUGAAGAUCUUGUGACAAUUGUGUUUGGACUCUUCAUUGCUGGGACAAUAACCACCAGCCACACCUUGCUUUGCAGCCUCCUAGUGAUGGUCAAAUUGCCACACAUUCAAGCUAAGGUGCAACAGGAGAUCGAUGAGGUGGUGGGUGCAAACCGCACUCCAGGCAUGGAAGACCGAUUGAGGAUGCCUUUCACAAAUGCUGUUGUCCACGAGGUCCAACGGUAUCAGGAAGGGAGCCUUGAGAACUUUCCACGGGCAACAACUUGUGACACAAAAUUCCAUGGUUACAACAUUCCCAAGAACACGGCUGUUGUGCCAAUGCUCUCCUCUGUACAUUUUGAUCCUCUCCAUUGGGAGACCCCAGGAAAGUUCAACCCAGAUCAUUUUUUGGAUGAAAAGGGCCAGUUCAGGAAGAGAGACGCUUUCAUGCCAUUCUCAGCAGGUAGACGGGCCUGUCCAGGGGAGGCCCUGGCUCGGAUGGAGCUCUUCCUGUUCUUCAGCACUCUGCUCCAGAAGUUCACCUUCCAUAUGGCUGGGGACAGCAAAGAUACAGAUAUAUGGUCUUUGUUUAUGGACUUCAGAAAUAAGAAUCAGUAUCCCUUUAUACGAGCUGUUAAACGUUCAGUGGACGUUUAAUGUUCAGUAAUUAAGAGAAGGAAAGUAGCCAAGGACCUAAUGCGUGACUUCUUUUCUUUUCUUUCUUUCCUCCAACCCUCCCCUUCCCUCUCUUUCUUCCUUCCCCCUCCCCUCCCUGCCUGCCUUUUUGGCACAUAUUGUAUCCAACGAACAGCUCUUUUUGAGGCCUGGGAACUGGUCUGGCCAAUCCUAUAUUAAUAGAUAAUUAAUUUAAUUUUUAUGGUAAAGAUCGCUACUCUUACCUUAGCUCUAAUUAUGUUUUAUGGCCCCUUUAAGAAUACUUGUGAAAUAUUUCAUAGCUGUUUCUCUAAGCUAUAUUCUACAAACUGUCAAUAUAUAAUUUGUACUGGAGAUUUCAACUUCAUUCAAGAUUCUCAGGUAGAACUACUAUGAGAAAUUGAUGUUGUUCAAUAAGCUAAAUUUGAAAGUAUCAAGGAAGAUCUUUUACUUGGGCUAAAUACAAGAGCAAGUCAUGUGUAAAUCUGUUGAUAUCUAAUGGUUGUUUUAAAGACUGACAGACUGUGUGUUGUAUAUGACUUAUCUGUAAUAUUUGCUUGGCAAUACAUACAACUAAAACCUGUAUUAUUUUGACUCCCAGGAGUUCUCCCUAGCAGCCUCUGAAGUGGCUGCAAUUUUAGAAUCCUUAACAGAUGCAGCCCUUGAAUGGAAUCUGACCAGUCACUUUGAUAAGGAAUUAAACAGUAACAUGAA